UUGCAAUUUACUUUGCACAAGAACCUUCAAUAGUACCCGACCGAUCUACAUCUGCUAUCAGACGGUGUAAGCCUGACCUUUGCAACGCAUAAUCCCACCAUGGAGGAGCACCACCAUCAUCACCAUCAUGGUGCAGGGAAGUCCUUGGGAGAACAAAAUAAGGAACAUUUCGACAAGGUCGCUGCGGAUGUUUUUACGAUUCCCUGGAUCGUCGAAAUGUCGAAUCAGAUUGUCGCAAACCUCAGCCAGAAUACUGAAUGGAUCGGUAUCAAGCGUUCAGAAUCAGAUGGGAAUUCUCAGACGAUUAAAAUGCUCGACUACGCAUGCGGAAAUGGCCUUGCCUCUCGUGCCUUGGCUCCAUUCGUCGACUCAAUCCGCGGUAUGGACAUUUCGUCUGGAAUGGUAGAUCAAUACAACAAAAAAGCUCAAGAGGAAGGGGUUUCUCCAGAGAAGAGGCGCGCAAUCCCCGGUGACCUCCUUAAACCUGACGCGACUCCAUCGCCUGAGCUCAACUCGCCCGAGUUCUUCGGCUUCGACGUCAUUGUGAUGUGCAUGGCACUUCACCAUGUGGAAGACUACACAGUGAUGAUCCAGAGACUUUCCGAGCGACUCGCCGAAGGAGGAGCUCUAGUGAUUGUUGAUUGGGUUGCACCCAAGGAGAGCGGGUGUCCUCUGGCAGACAAAGUGCAUCAAAUGUCGGGUCACACCAUCACUCGCCUUGGGUUUAAGGAGCAGGAUGUCAAAGAUGCCUACGAAAAGGCUGGCCUUGAAGGCUGGGGCUGGAAGUGGACAUCGAGCAGGUGUAAGAUGCCCGAGGAAAUUGGUGGAGAGCAACAGCUGUUCCUUGCCCGAGGUGAAAAGCCCAGCAGUGGAUAGAUUCCGGAUGCCUUGAGGUCUGGAACGCACGGAAUGAACUGAGCA